AUGACCGUCCAGGCGAGGAGGCACUCCGCAGCAUACAAGCCCCCAUCACCUUAUAAUUCACGAGAUACAGACGUCGAAAAACAACCUACCAUCGGCCGUCACACAUACCAUCACCACCAAAGCGAUGACGCCAAUUCCGGCGACGAGUCGCUGGACGACAAUAAUGUCGCGGAGUCCUACCCGCCGCCCCUCGUAGCUGGCGGGAGUCUUCGCCGCCCCCAAGCUAGCGUCGGGUUUCGCGUGCCCCAACGAAUCAUGCGUUGGCUCUGCUUCGCGCUGUUCGCGACCCUCGUCCUCUUCAUCCUCACCCUCUUCCGAUUUACACUCUCCGGUACCGCUUCAACAGUCGCAGCCGACCUGCCCAAGGUCGCCGGCACCCCCAAACCGCCACAAUGGGAGAGCUUCCCGUUCCUCAGUCGCUACGAGGGCGGUAUCUCUUCCUUGGUCCCACGCGCUGAUAAUGUCCCUGAAUAUCCCGGUGAUGGCUCUGAGGACAUGGGUAUGGGGUUGGAACAAAGCAACGAGAAGGAGCAGGAGCAGGAACAGGACGCCAAGAAGGUCUCCAAGAGGAAUUUGGCCCCGAACAUGUUGAGUAAUGUGUUUAAUCCUUAUCCUGACUACCAGUCGCCGGAAUACAUAGGGAAACACGGCGAAAAGCGCGAAUGCUUCCUCAAUGCUGAAAACACGCUACGGGUUCCGUCCAUCCAAAGCUACGCUGGAGUUCCAAAGGGCUUCCCGGACCCGGUGCUGGGCUCGAAUACGAUGUUGGGUAUUCGGGAUGACAUGUGCUUCGAUCGGUUUGGCCGAUUGGGUCCAUACGGACUGGGAUACGGGGUCAAGAAGGGCGGCACAGGCGCGGGCAUGGAGGGCCAUCGUGAUGGUGCCGACCGUGUGUGGGAGGAUAUUCCGCCAGUGGACUUCCGACAGGUGGACUGGGCUGCCGCGCAAAACCGCUGUCACGCAGCCAACCGCCAUCGCUUUAAUGAACUGCCGGAGCCGCGUCUCAACCGCUUUGUUUCUAUGCCAAUGGGUAUUCCCAAGGUGAACAUCCCGCCGCCUGCAGAAGAUAGCCGCAACGAACCGCCCACGGUUGGACCCGAGCGUCUGCCGCGCACUGCGGUGGUGAUCCGCACAUGGCACGACUUCCACUAUACACCGGAAGAUAUUAUGUAUAUGCGCUCUGUCAUCUCGGAGCUCUCGCUGAUGUCCGGUGGCGAGUAUACUAUUCACUUCUUGGUCCAUGUCAAGGAUACCAAUCUUCAGAUCUGGUCUGAUGACGAGACAUACCAACGUGUACUUGACGAUGCGCUUCCAGAAGAGUUCCGCGGUAUGGGAACACUCUGGUCUGAGCCUCAGAUGGCCCUGAUGUAUCCCGGAUUGGAGGAGACCCUGACUCGCGGUUUGCCAAUCCACGGUGUCUACCGCAGCACGUAUAUGCCCAUGCAGUACUUCGCGUUCCAGCAUCCCGAGUACGAUUACUUCUGGAACUGGGAGAUGGACGCGCGUUACACGGGCCACUGGUACCACCUUUUCGACAAAGUUGGCGAAUGGGCGAAGAAGCAGCCGCGAAAGGGUCUCUGGGAACGUAACGCUCGCUUCUAUGUUCCCUCCGUCCACGGCUCCUGGGAAGACUUCCGGCAAAUGGUCCGCGUGCAGACCGAGAGCGGCACCAACUCCGCCAACAAUAUGUGGAGCGCUGCCAAUGGCGCCGGAGGCAGCGCGCGGAGCUCAAUGCACCAACAGGGUGACAAGUCCAUCUGGGGUCCUGAGCGCCCCGAUGAACGGGACAUUUUCGAAGUCGAGGGCGAGGGCAUCCCACCCACAAGCAUGGAUAAGGAUCAGUAUCAAUGGGGUGUGGGUGAGGACGCCGACCUAGUCGUUUUCAAUCCGCUUUACGACCCCGAGGGCACAACCUGGCUGUUGCGCGACGACGUGACAGGCUACAACAAGGAGAAGGGCAUGCCACCACGGCGCACGGCAAUCAUCACCGCGUCACGUAUUUCCCGCAAGCUCCUCACCACCAUGCACCGCGAAUGCAGUCUCAAGCGUCACAGUAUGUUCUCAGAGAUGUGGCCCGCGACCACCGCCCUGCACCACGGCUUCAAGGCUGUCUUCGUCCCACACGCCGUCUACGUUGACCGCCGCUGGCCCACCCGUUACCUGGAAUCAGUGUUCAAUGCCGGUCGCAAUGGAGCCUCCGGUGGCGCUCGUACAUCCAUCUUCGGCGAUCGUGAACACAACUUCCGUGGCACGACCUGGUUCUAUUCCGCAGGCUUCUCACCAAACCUCUGGCGCCGCUGGCUUGGUCUCCGCGUCGACAAUGACGGCGGUGAGCAGCAGGAACUAGCUGGCGAAGGCCGCAUGUGUCUUCCUCCUAUGCUGUUGCACCCCGUCAAAGAAGUCAAUAUGGUCAUUGACGAAGGAGAAAAAGCAGAGGACCGCUAA